AGCGCUUCGUGCCAGCGAGGGGGCCGAGUCUGGCGGCAGAGGCCGCGGAGAGGCCGCCCCGCCCCCGCAAGGCGCUUUAAGAGCCCCGGCGGCGCCCGGAACCGCGGCUGCGGACGGGCGAGACGUGAAAAGGUGAACGUUGGACAGGGAGGCGUACAAAACCGUUUUUGCAUAAAAGUUGGUGAUAACCUACUGAGAAGCCCUUGUAUCACUUGCCUCCCGAUAGCCUCUUGCAGCAAGAGCACUCUGUCGUGCGUGCCAUCUUCCAUCAAGUCUGCAGGAGUGAAAAGUGCUGAAGGAGUGUAAUAAAUUGAACCUGCGCAGUUUUACUGUUCGAGAAAGACAGAAGACAGUUUGAACCAUGGCAAGCCAGGACUUGAUGGCAAAAAAAAGAGAAUGUCUCCAGGCCUACAGCUGGUGGAGAACACCCCAGAAGAAACGGAAGAAAAAGAACAAAAUAAAACCAGGAAGAAUAGAGUUUGUCCCUAGUAGUACUAACACAACCAGACCGGACUAUUCAAUAUUUGUUGGGGAACUGACUCCAGAAGUAGAUGAUUUUCAGCUCUAUGACUAUUUCCUAAAGAGGUACCCUUCAUGUAUUGACUGCAAAAUAGCAACAGACCUGCUGGGAUAUUCCAGAGGGUAUGCCUUUGUCAGAUUUGGUGAGCAAGGUGAUCAGAUGAGGGCACUGCAAGACUGCCAGAAUGCCCCAGGUCUGGGGGGAAAACGAAUCCGGCUGAGCAUAGGAAUUUCUAAAAGACUGAAAGCAGAAUUCCAGCGGUACCAGUCAUACAACUACAAUGAUUAUUAUCAAGAUUAUCAGAACUACUAUUCACAGUGGAAUUAUGAUCCUUAUGCUGACUACAACUACAGCUCCUAUACUCCCUAUGAUAGCAUGCAAGCUGUUGGAGACUGCUCUUUAGGAGAUGCUGUUAUGGCUCCAGCUGUUUUUGAGGAAGCUUCAGCUAUGACUGAAAUCAAUGAUGACCUAAUAACUGAAGAUCCACAGCUGUACUUGGAUGUUGAUGAAAUGAACAGACAAUUUAUGGAGACAAGUGAAGAACUCUAUGAUGCCCUCAUGAAUUGUCACUGGCAACCUCUGGAUACGGUCACUUCUGACAUCCCCUCUGCUAUUUAAGUGUCUUAUAUAGCAUGACCGUUAUGACCAAGGUGCUAAAAUUACAUUUCUUCUACAUUACUCUAGAUCAUAAGUUUUAAAGCACAAUGAUAGGUUGGGGUUUCUUUUGCUAUGCUUUUGGCAGUUUCUGUAAUCUUUUUCUUUUUGUUUUGUUCAUCACUUGGAGCAUCUUGAAAUCAUGUAAAUAUUCUAGAAAUGUAAAGAGUUCAAUGGGGUCUAAAGAUAGACUUGCCUGUGUAAAUAAAAUUUUGUUUCUGCAAA